AUGGUCGACCAUCCAGGUGCCGCGGCCCAGGGGGAUCAAUGGACGUCCGCCCAGUCCCUGGAUGGGCUGCUGAAGAUACCACUUCCACUACCUCGAAUUCGCACCCGGCCGUGGUGGUUUCCUGUGCAGGAACUGAGAGACCCGUUGGUGUUUUACCUGGAAGCAUGGCUGGCUGACGUGAUCUUCGGAGCAGACGGAGUCCUAAUUCCGGAAAUAGAGUGGAUGAACCAGGUCCUGCUGACCGUGGACCCAGUAAACUACGGGAACUUGGUCGAAAUCACUGUCUUUGGACAGCCCCGUGUACAAAAUCGGGUAAAAAGCAUGCUCCUAAGCUUGGCAUCAAGGCACCGGGAACAUCGUGCCCGAGAUGAGAAGAUGAAACAACUUCAGGAGUUCUUGAAGGCCUGUGCAUUAGGUCCCCAGACUCCCCAGCCUCCUGUUGCAUAAGGAGUGUCAGGAG